GUGUUCACCCUGUGUCGAGUCAAACAUCAAUUGGAACUCCCAAAAGAAAAAAAAAAACAAAGCCUCACCGCCGUGGGUUAGCUUCUUCUGCCACUGUAUUUUUUGUCCUUAUUUAAUUCAAAAUCCUCUCGAACACCACCACCACCGGCGGUUUUUCUUUAUACCCUUCAGGAUAAAAUUAUAAGAAAAGCUUUUGGUAAUCCACCUGUACCUGCCAUGAACGUUGCUUUCUAUGUUUGCUGGAUAAGAAUUAGUAGAUUUCACUCCUCUCUUUAUAUCCCUCCCUGACUCUUCUCUCCUUUCCGUUACCUACAUUGUCUGACCUCUACUCUUUAUCGUACCAAACCCUAACGCCACGCCGUUUCACCUCUUCUCUUCCCUUUUCUUCACCACUUCUUCUCGACGUCUGUCUUUUCUCUGCUAUCUCUAUUUAUCAGAAUGGAAGACGCGGAAAUGCCAAGUCAAGAUUUGCCAGCGGGCACCACCGAUGUCAGUCUUGUUGAUGGGGUUGUAUCUACUGAGCAACCAAAGGAGAAUGAAAGAAAUCCAAGUGAAAACGGGAAUACACCUGCUGCGUCUUCGGAGGGUGAUAAGACUGACACACUGCCGAGUGAUGUUUAUAUGAGCGAGAAUCAAGUUCUACCUGAAAGCAAAACCACCACCACUGCUACUACUGGUACCAAUGUGAAUGAUGCUAAUAGCAUUAAAGUGCGAGAAAGUAAGGACGAUGGAGAUGGUGGUACCAUUGUUCAUGACCAGCCAGAAGCUUUAGCCGUUACUCCCCUUGCCCCGAGAAAGUAUUCCACUCCUAGGGCAAAGCAUGAAAGUGGAGCAAAGUCAAAGGGCGUCUGGACUGAUGUUGAGAUGGGGGAGGCUGAUGAAUCUGGGACCCCUGAGGAGCGAGCUGCAUUCAUGAGGGAGCUGGAAACUUUCCACAAGGAAAAUGCCCUGGAAUUCAAGCCCCCUAAAUUUUAUGGAGAGCCAUUGAACUGCUUGAAGUUAUGGAGAUCUGUUAUCAGACUAGGUGGCUAUGAAGUGGUCACUGCAUCCAAAUUGUGGCGGCAAGUAGGAGAGUCUUUCCAUCCGCCCAAAACCUGUACAACAGUUUCUUGGACGUUUCGCAUUUUCUAUGAGAAGGCACUUUUGGAAUAUGAAAAGCAUAAGAGGCAAAGUGGCGAGCUUCAACUUCCUAGCUCACCCCCACAUCAGCCUGCAAGUGUUGAAAAAGAGGUGAGUGGAUACCAAGCACCAGGAUCUGGUAGGGCAAGGAGGGAUGCUGCAGCUCGUGCUAUGCAGGGUUGGCAUGCCCAACGUCUUCUUGGACAUGGUGAAGUUAGCGAACCAAUUAUCAAGGACAGGAGUGUCAAUUCUGCACCAAGGCGUGAAAAACCCCUCAAAAGCAUUGGUCUUCAUAAACAGAAGAAUAACCUAGAGCUUGCAGAGAAACAUGCAAAUAUUGAAACAGACAAAGAAUUGGAUAUGGAAAUUGUUGAUGUUGGACCCCCUGCUGAUUGGGUGAAGAUCAAUGUGCGGGAAUCUAAAGAUUGCUUCGAGGUGUAUGCUCUAGUCCCUGGGCUUCUACGUGAGGAGGUGCGAGUUCAGUCUGAUCCUGCUGGACGUCUGGUUAUAACAGGUCAACCAGAGCAGCUUGAUAAUCCUUGGGGUAUAACACCCUUUAAGAAGGUCAUAAGCUUACCUUCAAGAAUUGAUCCGCUUCAGACCUCUGCGGUUGUGAGCCUUCAUGGCCGACUUUAUGUUCGUGUCCCAUUUGAGCGAGGAUCAGCUUGACUUUCUCCUCUUAUGAACUGGAUUGAACGAGUCUGGGCAAAAUUUCAAGAUCUUCGGGAUACUGAGGCAUGAAGGUCAAAAUUGCAACAAGGGGCAUUGUUGAGGCGUACUUCUUACCUUGUUAAAUAGUUCAAACUGUCAAACUUUUUUAGAAGUAGUUUAUUCUAUGUGCAACUUAGAAAUUAGUUUUAUGGACUUCUUUUGUUAAAUUGUUAAAAGUUUCUAUGGGGAAGUCAUCUCUGGGUAAAAGCAAUCUGAUUGCUAGGCUUCCGAUUUGUUCAUGGCUCAUCAGUAAACACUAGUAGCUGCUGGAAUACAUGAUCCAGUGGCACUCUCCUGACAAGUUAUGGUUUCUCCAUUUCCUGCCUUGGUGAUAGUAACUAUCACUUGACCGUCUGGGGUACAAUUGUUGGUUAUCCCAAGCUUCGGACAUUGGUUUUAAGAUGCCAAAAAUCAGGUGUCAAAUACCGUGUGGAAAUUGGGACUUGGGGAGGAUGCCUGGCAUAAGAUGCUUGUUAUCGGAUGCUGUCUGGCAUAUAUGUAUAUGGUGUUUGCAGAAUCCUUCAGCCCGCCUCCUGGAUUAAUGGCUUUAAAUUAUACUAGUUGGUAUAUAGCGGUCUAUAUUUGAACUGAAGGGAUUUGGUGGACAACCACUUCGAGCUGGAUUAGGAUGAUUUACUUGGUGAUGCGAUUCAUGUAAUGUACUUUUCUUUAAUUAGUUUGGAAACGUCAAUUUAUUGGCUCGUUAUCAAAACAACUCUAUUGCUCCCUGAA